AUGGUAUCAUCGAUGGCGUCCUCUCGUGUCCUCCAGGUCCUGCUCCUCCUCAUCCUCACAGUCGCCAUCGCCACCGACGCCACCACCAUCACCGUCGUCAACAAAUGCUCCUACACGGUGUGGCCAGGCGCACUGCCGGGCGGCGGCGUGCGGCUCGAACCGGGGAGGUCAUGGACGCUCAACAUGCCGGCCGGCACCGCGGCCGCCAGGGUGUGGCCGCGCACCGGGUGCAGCUUUGACGGCAGCGGCCGCGGCCACUGCAUCACGGGCGACUGCGCCGGUGCGCUGGUGUGCCGUGUCUCCGGCGAGCAGCCCGCGACGCUGGCCGAGUACACCCUAGGGCAGGGCGGAGGGCGGGACUUCUUCGACCUGUCCAUCGUCGACGGGUUCAACGUGCCCAUGAACUUCCAGCCGGUGGGUGGAGCGUCGUGCCGGGGCGCGAGCUGCGCCGCGGACAUCACGAGGGAGUGCCUGCCGGAGCUGAAGGUGGCGGGAGGGUGCGCGAGCGCGUGCGGUAAGUUCGGCGGCGACACCUACUGCUGCAGGGGCCAGUUCACUGACAAUUGCCCGCCGACCAACUACUCGAGGUUCUUCAAGGGGAAAUGCCCUGACGCGUACAGCUACGCCAAGGAUGACCAGACCAGCACCUUCACCUGCCCUGCCGGAACAAACUAUCAGAUCGUCCUCUGCCCGUAG